GCUGACUGUCAGUUACUCCUGGGGCCUCCCGUGUCUGCAUGCAGUGGUGGCUCAUCAGCCUCAGCUGAGCUUGAAGGCUGCUUCUGACGCUCCUUCGUAUCGCGGGGUAUGUGAGGCUCCAUGCUGUUUGACAUGUGAAAGUGCUUUGCAAUGCCAUCCCGCUCCAGAGUCUCCUGUCUUCGAUCCUAGGUAAGCUCGCGGCAUCAAAAUUUCAGCUAGCAGCGACAGUUCCAGUGUUGGCGAAGAUCUGAGCGCGCUCACAAUGGCGCCUAAAGUCAUAUUCCUCAUGGCCGACUAUGGCCACGACCCCACUGAAACAGCUAUUCCAUGGCAGGUGUUUGAGAACGCAGGAUUUGAGGUCUUCUUUGCCACGGAAACUGGACAAUCGCCGAGGUGUGACGAUAGAAUGCUCUCCGGGUGGACCGGGACUCUGCUAGGAGCCAACGGAGCCGCCAGAACAGCGUAUGCGGCGCUGUCGACCACGUCCCCAAAUUUUCAGAGGCCUUUGUCGUGGAUAGACUUCGAAUUCAACCUGGAGGAUUAUGACCUCGUUUUCCUCCCAGGCGGCCACGAGAAAGGCGUGCGUCAGAUAAUUGACUCGCCACGCGUUCAUUAUCUCCUCAAAAGCUACUUUCCAAACACGAAGAAACCGUCCAGCAAAUGUCUGGCAGCCAUAUGCCACGGCGUGCAGGUAUUGGCAAUGGCGUCCACCACCGAAGGCAGAAGCAUCUUGCACGAUGUCCACACCACAGCGUUGCCGGCGGUGAUGGAGCAGGGCAUCUUUCACGCGACAAAGCUGUUCCUCGGGGAUUACUACAAGACAUAUGGGGCAGGGACAGCCUCGGUCGAGGAUAUCGUGAAGGAGAACUUGGCAAACAAGAAACAAUUUGCCAGUAGCAUCAGCCCUAGACCCUUUGUCGUUCAAGAUCCCCGUUAUAAUUACCUUUCAGCAAGAUUUCCCCCCGAUGCGGAGUUACUGGCAAAGAAGGCGGUCGAAAUGAUGAAUGCUGUCAGACAGCCUGCUUAGCAUUAACAUCGUCUGACUUGGAAGAUGUAGCACCUUCUACAACCGACGUAGACGUUUGCAACUUCGCGCGUUGCAUUUCUCUGAAUUCUUGCCUUGCAUUGAUGUUGACCUUGCCAGUCUGGAUGGUCCUCCAUAGCUCUUUAGGGGUCAUUUUUCCUUCCCCACCAAAAAGGCUGAAAUCCACAUCGUGCAUCAUAGAGUGUCGCAGAGCGUACACAACACUGUGUCUUCCUUGGGGAUUUCCCACGACUCUGUGUGCGCCCGCAUUCAUGGAUUGAGCGGAAAGGGCCUUUAGCGUCUGGCCAACCAAGAUAGCUGCCCACUGUGUACCAAUGGGCGCAUCGACCCAAGUGAGCUGCGCGGGCGAGGAGUUGAGGCG